AUGGGCUGUGGCUCGUCAAGAGUUCCCGAGGCCAAGUCUAAGCGGCGUCCGGCCAGUCGGGGCAAUGUCACUGCCUCGGGCGCUGACAUGCUCCUCGCCGUCCAAUCGCUGAUUGCCGCCAUGCGCGACAUGGAGCUUCCAGGAGGCCAGAGUGGACAGGACAUGCGGCAUGCCGAUACCAUCCGUGCCAACGAUGUGCUCAUCAGUCUAUAUCCUCCGUUUGGUGCACUCUCGCACACCAAUCUCGCCCGAAUCCUCGCUACCAUCGAGCCAGCCGACCGGGAUGCUCUGCUCGCUCCCGGCGCACCUCUUGAUGUGCUCGACAGAGCAUUUGCCGCCUUUGACGCCGACGGCGAUCGUUGCAUCGACACUGACGCCAUGCACAUCUCGCUCAAGCUCUUCUUCACCGCCCGCAAGUGGUCCGCCUUUGGCGAGCAGGACACCCACCGCGUCCUCACCCAGUGCAAGCGUGCGCCGACCGAGAACUACUCGAUGGCCCAAUGGCUUUUAGUUCUUGUCUCUUUCCUCCUCCUCGAGGAAGGCUACGCGAGCUCCGAGCCGCUUGAGCGAUCGGCAUCCAUGUCCGGAUGCCACUCGCUCGAGCGCCAGGCCUCGACCGUGGCAUCGGUGCCCGGUGGCGGUUCACGUGGCGUCUCCCCCGUCGCCCGCCGUGCCUCGCCGUCCUCCCGCCGCGCCCGUGGCUCGGCCGAGCGCGUGUCGCGGACAAACUCACCGGCUGCCCGCCGUUUCCGCGCCGCCUCGCCGUCUACCGAUAUCUUCAACUCGCAGUCAUCCGUCGAGCGCGUCACUAUCGAUCCAAACGGUGGGUCUUCCAUCAACAUCUCGCCCGCCGCUGUCCCUACCGCCCACGCCUCUGGCAGCUCGGCUGUUGGUCCUGCCAAGUUCAAUGGGGACCUCUCGCAGUGUCACCACGCCAUGUCCAUGCCGCUCAUCAAUGUGAACGAUCCGGUUGCAGGCAUCGAUCUUGCUCUUGACGACGACACCGUGUGUCAUGCUUGGUGGGGCAUGAUCUAUGCGCGGUACACUGAGACAUCGCGGUACUAUCACACGCUCGAUCACAUCCGGGAGCUAUUGGGCUACGUCGAUGAGCAUCGAGAGCUGCUGGAUGACGUAGUCGCAGUCGAGGCUGCCAUCUUUUUCCAUGACAUCAUCUACAACCCGAUCAACGGCGGAGGCGGCGCGAACGAGCACGACUCGGCAGAUGUCUGGCUCGACUUUGCCCGCAAUGCCAAGCUCGACACACCCUUGGUUCGCAAAGUCUACGACUACAUCGUCAUGACCGCCAGUCAUGCUCUGACUCACGGGUCCUACCUCGGGCCCGACAACGUCGGUGUCGGCCCAGGCAAUGCUCCGAUCCAAGUCGAGGGUCAUGGAGGCUAUAGCCACGACUCGGAUGCCGCUCUGUUUCUUGACUUUGACAUGGCUGUGCUCGCCCGUCCGUAUGAGCUGUACUCGGGCUACACUCGAGACAUUCGCCGCGACACGCUCGGUCUCGGCUCCGGUGGCUCCGGCACGCCCAGGUCGAUCUACCUCUCGCCGACCUUUGCCGAUGCGCAGCAGCGGGCUGUGGAGAACAUGACUCGCGAGCUGGCAGAGCUGGAUGCAAUGUAGGCAAGGCCCAGCUCCGAAAAUAUUUUUACGCUC